GCAGCGCCUAAACUGAGAAAGCUAUAAGAGAAAACUGAGUGGACGAUUGUGGGAAGUGAGAGCAGAGCCGCUCUCAACGUGGUUUUGGUAUCAUUUUUUCAAGGGUUGUUCUUACUGUCCCCGUACUCCGGUUCCCCAGUGGAGCCCCUACAUCAUUUUUGACUCUGCUCUUAAUAGUUUACUCUAGGGUGACUGGUUCACCUACUUGAAACGGGCCUUAUAAGAGCUCCUCUCGCUAGAAGGUAUACAAAGCUCCAUGGAACUCCAGUCAAAUAAAUCUGCACCUGUACCACCGGCUGCUGGAUAUCCUGGGCCUGGACCACAACCACCCUAUGGAUACCCUCAGUAUGCCCCUGGGCCAAGUCAGUAUACCCCUGGGCCAAGUCAGUAUGCCCCUGGGCCGGGUUUUCCAGGUGCUCCAGGGCAGCCUCCGUACACAUCCCAGGGUUACCAUGGAGCUUAUGGAGCUCCUCCAGUUCCAGAGCAGCCUAAAGGACCUCCAGGUGCAAUGUGGAUGCCAGCACCACCUCCACCUCCCAACUGCCCUCCUGGAUUGGAAUAUUUAAGCCAGAUUGAUCAGAUAUUAAUUCAUCAGCAGAUUGAACUUCUGGAAGUCUUAACUGGCUUUGAAACAUGCAACAAAUAUGAAAUAAAGAAUGCAUUUGGGCAAAGGGUAUACUUUGCAGAGGAGGAAAAUGACUGCUGUACACGAAACUGCUGUGGACCAUCACGGCCAUUUACAAUGAAAAUCACUGACAACAUGGGCCGUGAAGUCAUCGAGCUCAUGAGACCUCUCAUGUGCUCCAGUUGCUGCUGUCCUUGCUGCUUGCAGGAGCUUGAAGUUCAUGCCCCACCAGGCAUACCAGUUGGGUAUGUUAAACAGACCUGGGAUCCCUGUCUGCCUAAAUUCGUUAUCCAAAAUGAAGCCCGUGAGGAUGUACUGAAAAUUGUUGGGCCUUGUGUAGUGUGCAGCUGUUGUGAAGAUAUUAAUUUUGAGGUCAUGUCAACAGAUGAGAAGAACAGUGUUGGAAGAAUUUCUAAGCAGUGGAGUGGCUUUGUGAGGGAGGCCUUUACAGAUGCAGACAACUUUGGAAUCCAGUUCCCACAGGACCUUGAUGUUAAGAUGAAAGCUGUCAUGAUUGGGGCUUGCUUCCUCAUAGAUUUUAUGUUUUUUGAACACACAGGACAGGAUCGGCAACAGCGAGUUGGGGUCUGGUAAACAAGCUAACUUCUGCAUUAUAAGUCCUUCUGAGAAAGCCUUCAUGAUGCUUCUAUUCUUGCUUUCCUAAGAGUGUCAAACCUGCUUAGAAGGGAAAUUUUUCAUUAAAACUACUUAGUGUUGGAAUAUUCCGAUUUGUUGGGAACUGCUCUAGAAUUAACACAUUGAAAUGUGUACUGAUUUUAUUUUUUAUUUUUGAUAUAUCAAAUGUAUAUACUUUUAGGGUGAGAUCUUCCUGGUGCAGGUGCCUGUGCUCAUAGAAGGGGCCCCAUGGCAUGCAUGGGCAAUGCAGCAGGCCUUGGGGAGAAAAGGGGAGUGGGGUCUCUGUUGCUUGUGGCUUUUAAGGCAGGGAUCAUAUCUAUUGUAGAGACAAGAUAGAGUAGCACUACUUUUGGAGUUUGAACCAACAUUGUUGAACUAUAAUACCCAUAAUCCGUGACCAUUGUCCAUGCUGACUGGUACUGAAGGGUGUUAGGAAUCCAACACCACCUGAAGGCCACAUGUUCCCAUUCCUCUCCUGGUCAAUAAGGAGUUGGUGCAGUAUAUCUGGUGUACCUGUGGCUCUUCUGGUGUUUUCCACAGGAAAUUCAAAAAGUCUACACGUUGCUUCCACAGUCUCCAGUCCAACAUAAUUACCCAUGAACCUGCAUCUGGAAAUUAAACACUUGCAUUCCUUCCACACAUGCCAGUGUUUCCCUCAGCAGUCAUAACAUGUAGUGCUGCUAACCUGAGGAGAUAAGGGUCAUGAAUGAAAGAUAUGUUUACCAAUCAGAGGGUGAUAUCUGACUAAGUCGUGUUUGGAGUAGAACCAUUGAAAUCAAUUGCAUUAAGUUACAUAUUUCAGUGGGUCGACUCUUAUGACUAAAAUUGGAUAUCACCCAGAAUAUCUUUAAGAAACUGUGCAACUUGGUCUGAUGUUUUAGGGGUAGCUAUCACUCCCUCCAAAAGUAAACUGAAGCACUAACAUAUGAUGGCUAUGUAGCCAAAAUGUUGCUACUAAAAAUAAGGUCAAAAAUUUGCAGAUGUAGAAAAAAUCUUAAGAGCCCCCCCCCAAAAAAAGUACAGUGAUGACUUAACAUGCUCAAUUGCCACAUAAUGUUGAGUGCCUGUAAAGUGGUAGAAGGGAUGGAACAGAACAUUCUGAAAGAAGGCCUGGCUAGCUCGCUGGUACAUUCCACACUGCAACAUUUUAUUGCAGGUUACCCUUGUACCUCAUAUAUGAUUAUAUGGAUAUUGGUUUUUUUUUUCUUCGAAUGGUAAUGUUGGUUUGUUUGCAUUUGGAAAAUAAUUGUAUAUGCUUUUAUAAGUACAUGUGAAAAAUUAAAUUAUAUAGAUGCAUAAAAA